AUGGAAUCAGGGGGAAUACAGUUAUUAUAUGAGACAGGACGAGGUGUAUUCUUAAUCGGAUAUGAGUCAAUAGAAGUACCACCUCCAAAACCAGCCAGCCUAAAAUUACAAGCAACUCCUUUACGAUAUGAAUCCCGUGAACUUUCUCAAGCUGCAUAUAGAAAUUCUGAAGUUCAUGAGGAGCCAAAAACAACAAACAAUAUAACAGAUAGAGGUGCAAUAAAAAUUGCUGAACCUGAACAUGUUUAUAGUUAUACAACAGGUUCUAAAGUUAGGUGUGCAGAACCAAUGUCAAAAGAAAGACGCAAACCAACUGAACGCAGAGUUUUAGAUAUUUCAGAAACUCCUAUGCGACAAUCACAAUCAACUAGACAUCCACUAUCAAAAUUUGAAGAUAAAACACGCGCUGACAAUGAAGAAGGAACAGAAAAUAUGGCCAACCUCUAUGGUAUACGGGAACAAAAUGAGAUCAGAUUAGUCAUGGUAGGCAAGACAGGAUCUGGAAAGAGCGCAACCGGAAAUACAAUCAUGACAAAAGUUAACCAUUUUGUAUCAAAAUUAUCAGGAGGAUCCGUCACAAAUGAAUGUAAGAGAGGUGAAUGUAGCCAAGCAGGACGUAAGAUAGUGGUAAUUGAUACACCCGGUUUAUUUGAUACGAAAACUCCUCGGGACCAGAUAUCCAAGGAGAUAAUAAAUUGUGUACAUAUGUCCUCACCAGGUCCACAUGUAUUUCUUCUUGUUGUUCAGAUAGAUAGGUUCACAGAAGAAGAAAUUGAAACGUUUAAUCGUCUCUUUGACCUAUUUGGGGAAGAAAUGGGAAGAUUUGCCAUCAUUACUUUUACUAAGCUUGAUGACAUAGAAAAAGGCAACACCACUGUUGAGUCAUACAUAGAUGAGGGUCCAGAUACAAUGAAGGAAUUCUUAAAACGUUGUCAUGGUCGAUAUAUUGCAUUUGAUAACAACGCAUCUGCGAAAAACAAAACAGCGAAAAUCCAAAGAGAAAAAGAGAAAGCAUAUCAAGAGAUCAAAAGAAUGAAAGAAGAAAUGGAAACAAUUGACAAGGAACAUAAUGCUGAACUAUACAGAACUAAAAAGAAAAAGAAAGAAGAAAAGGAAAAACAGGCAAAUGCCAUAGAAGAAAAGGAAAGAUAUCAAAUGAAGGUUCUCCAAAGCAUACAAGAACAACAAAUUGAAAUGAAUCGCAAAUACCAUGAAACGGAACAGCAGAAGGAGUUGCAACUUUCGAAAGCAGCAGAACAACACAGCAAAAUAAUGGAGGCAGAGAUCAAACGAAUAGUUGACGGUAAUAACCAGAAAUACAAUGAAAUGAGGAUAACAAUGGAUGCAAAAGAUAGAGCUAAUGAAAAACUUCAAGAUCAAAUGGCACAACAAAAUGCAUCAAUGCAACAAUUUAUGCGUGAAAGUGAUCAAAGAAAUAAAGAGUUACUUAAACAACAGGCAGAGAACAUAAGACAAAUGGCGGAUGAAAAAAGAAAAGCAGAGGAAACUCUUAAAACGCAUUUGGAGGAACAGAAGAAAUCUAUGGAUGAUAAAACGAAAACAGUUUUACAAGACCAAAUGGAGAAGGAUAGACGACAACGGGAAGAGUUCCAGGCAGCAACUCUUAAAGCUAAUGAUAUCAAUCAGGCAAGAAUGGAAAGACAGAAUGCAUUGAUGCAAAAUAAAAUGCGUGAAAAGGAACAGGACUUCCUCAAACAGCAAGAAAACCAAAAAAUUGCAAUAGAGGCAAAGACGCAAGCGGUGUUACAAAAACAAAAAGAGAGAGAUGAAAAACAAAGCAAAGAGUUCGCGGAAUUAAAACGACAAAAUGAGGACAUGCGUGAAAAGUUGGAUAAAGACGAUCGAUGUUUGAUAUCAUAA